AUGAUCCUCAUCUCACCCACUCGGACCCUGCCCUCCCCCCGUCCGAUCGAUACCGAUCCGAUACUAAACUACCGUCACAUCCAACCAGCCGCCGCUGCAGCCGCUGUCGGCCCCUGGCUUGGCCAGCACCAGCACGCCUCGUCUCCACCCGCAUCCUCUGGUAGUAUAACAGCCUCAGCAGCAGUCCACUCGCCGCCAGAGCCCUCUGCAUCCCCUGCUCGUUCCGUUGUUUCCAGCGGCUCCUGUCUUCUUGAUCCCCAGCCUGUCCCGUACAUGCAGAUACCCCCCUCCAGCUCGCCCCCGCCCAUCGCCAUGCUGCCCCAGGCCGCCUCUGAUGAUGACUCGAGCACGGCCGACGAGGAAAAGCCGUCCCUCGACUCCCACCCUCCCUCGGCCAGUCUCUACGACCUGCCCACCUCUUCCUCAGCACCGGCCACUUCCUCCUCUUCCUCCCCGUUUCCUUCGAAUUUCUACCAGCCCUCCCCCCCACCUCUCCAUUCUCCCCUCCUUCCAGUCCAUCCCCACCAGCAUCAUUUCGACCAGCGCCCUCACUCGAGCUACCUUGCCCCGCAUCAGCAUUACCAUCCAAGGCCUCAGUCAGCCCCUCAUUCCACCUCCCAGUUCUCACUCGAUCCUCAAGUCCUGGCCGCCGCUGCAGCCAACGUCGAGGUCAAAAAAUGGGAUGAGGAAAACACCUACUACUACCAGGUCGCCCAUAAAGGUGUAACCGUUGGCAGACUGAAGGGCUCAGGACUAGUGAAUGGGACCAAGCUUCUCAACCUGGCUGGGAUUAGCCGUGGGAAGCGAGACGGCAUAUUGAAGAAUGAGAAAAUGCGCAAGGUCGUCAAACAUGGCACAAUGCAUUUGAAGGGUGUCUGGAUCGCAUUCGACAGGGCUGUUUUCCUUGCCGAGCAGCAUCACAUCGCCGACAAGAUAUUCCCCCUCUUGGUCGUCAAUCUGGAGCACUAUGUGCCGAUCGAGCCCUCCAUCAUGGGCACCGGGUCCAAGAUCGGGCCCGGCUCACUCUUCCAUCCCCGCCAUCCCCGGCUACUACCCCAGCCGAUAAAGUUCCCUCCUUCUGCAAUCAGCCUUGCCCCGGCGAGCGCCAAUAGUUUCUCGUCCACCGGCGGAUGGCCGAGCGGUCCAUCUUCAGCGCUGCCCUCAAUAGGCUAUAGUGAACCGUUUUCCGCCCCACCGGUCCCUCGAAGCGCCCCAACCGCCGACACUUCGCCCUCGGUCUAUGAACAAGCUCAGUACCAAUAUCUGAACUCUGGCCAGGCAAAUAAUUCAGACUUGUUGGAGCGGCGACAUACUAUCCCCAACAACAGUUUCCACGGAUACAAUUCAGUGCCUUCAUUUGGAUCGUCACCGGCCCAAGUGUCGUAUCCAUUUCACUACAACUCGACCCAGAUGGCCGGAUACCCUCCCCGUUCAGCGAACUCGGAAUCGACAUUAAUUGUUGCAGAUUCCGUCACAGAAUCUGUAAGGGCACACCAUCCCGCACCCUCAUAG